AUGGCGACUGUCCCGAUUCCUGAACCACCAAGACUUCCAUUUAUUGGAAAUAUCGCCGACAUCGACGCCGAAAACUCCAUUCGAUCUUUCAAAGCCCUAACACAGAAGUACGGCGAGAUUUAUAGAAUAAGUCUCCCGGGUACCAGCUUAGUAUUUGUCAACACACGUGAAUUGGUCGAUCAGGCUUGCGACGAGAAAAAAUUCAAGAAAGUUCCGAACAAUGUCUUGCAGGAGCUUAAGGCAGGCCUGGGUGAUGGACUAUUCACGGCAAAGCUCGAGGCGCCAAACUGGGGAAUCGCUCAUCGUAUCCUGAUGCCGGCUUUUGGUCCGAUAGGAAUUCGCAACAUGUUCGACGAGAUGAAGGAUAUCGGUUCGCAACUGGCUCUCAAGUGGGCAAGGCAGGGACCCCAUAAGAGGAUACACGCCACUCAAGAUUUCACGCGGCUAACGCUCGAUACGAUUGCCCUCUGUUCCAUGGGAUUCCGAUUCAACAGCUUCUACUCUGACAAGAUGCACCCCUUCGUUGACUCCAUGACCGAAUUUCUCUUGGAGAGCGGACGAAGAACCCAAAGGCUACCCUUGCCAGCGUUCCUUUAUCAAGCGAAGGAUAAGGAAUUUAAGGCUUAUAUCGACGUCAUGAGAGAGACGGCCGAUGAGGUUCUGAAGGAACGUAUCGCGGACGUUGAUAGCACCCGAAAUGAUCUCCUCACCGCCAUGUUGAAGGGACGUGACCCGGUAACGGGGGAGAAGAUGAGUGACCAGUCCAUUAUCGACAACCUCAUCACGUUCUUAGUCGCGGGGCAUGAGACUACCUCCGGAACCCUAUCAUACGCCAUGUAUCGGCUCAUAGCGAACCCAGACGAAUAUCGAAAGGUACAACGCGAGGUUGACGAAGUAGUAGGCAAGGGGCCUAUCACAGCACAACAUAUGUCAAAACUCCCCUAUAUCUCUGCAGUUCUUCGAGAAACGCUCCGUCUGGACUCGCCUAUUGCUCUGUUUGGUGUCUGCGCUCUUGAGGAUACGUUGCUGUCCGGGAAAUACCCUGUGCGCAAAGGUGAAUUCGUCCAAUGCUUCCUUACCGAGUCACAUCUUGAUCCGGCGGUUUUCGAAGACCCCUUGGUUUUCAAACCGGAGAGGAUGCUUGAUGAGAAUUUCAAUAAGCUGCCGAAGAACUCGUGGAAACCGUUCGGUAAUGGAGCUAGGGCGUGUAUCGGUCGACCAUUCGCAUGGCAAGAGGCCGUGCUCGUCAUGGCCAUCCUCUUUCAGAAUUUCAACUUCGCUUUCGCCGACUCGGACUACGAGCUUGCCCACAAGCAGACGUUGACUAUCAAACCCGAUAACUUCUUUAUCCGGGCCAUAUUGCGUGAUGGUCAAGACGCCGUUGAGCUCGAACAUCGACUUGCCGGAACGGAGGCACCUUCGAGGAUCAAACAGAAAGCAUCUUCGGGUGAUAUCACUCCUAGUAACGGCACUGGCGGUAAGCGUGUGACUGUUUUAUACGGCUCUAAUAGCGGAACUUGCGAAAAUAUGGCGCAGCGCCUAGCCAUGGAUGCCGUAUCACACGGCUACGAAGUGAAAACUCUGGAUUGCAUGGACGCCGCCGUCGAGAGGCUUCCCAAGAACGAACCCAUCGUUAUCAUUACGGCGAGCUAUGAAGGGCAGCCUCCAGAUAACGCGGCUCAUUUCGUUUCUUGGAUCAACAGUAUAGAAGACAAGCUAGCGCUCCAGGGUUCAUCGUAUGCCGUUUUCGGAUGCGGUCAUCACGAUUGGGCGCAGACGUUCCACCGAGUUCCAAAAUUAGUUGAUCAGAGACUCGAGGAGCUAGGUGCGACGAGAAUCGCGGAUAUCGGCUUCGCGGACGCUGCUGGAGAGGAUAUGUUUGUGUCUUUUGAGACUUGGGAAGACAGCGUACUAUGGCCAGCUUUAGACGAAUUGCGAGCCAAAGAAGGAGGCGAAACGCUACAGGAAACGAAGAUCGCCCCCCUGAAAGUUCAGGUAUCGAAUAUGCGCUCGUCCAUGCAGAAGAACGAGGUGGAAGAAGGUAAAGUCAUAGCGACGCGAAUUCUUACUGCGGACGGAGAACCCGUGAAGAAGCAUGUCGAUAUCCGGCUUCCUGCCGGCCUAAGUUACAGGCCUGGGGAUUAUCUCACGGUCCUACCCGUAAACCCCAAGAACACGGUGCAACGAGCAAUGCGUCGAUUCGGAUUGUCGUGGGAUUCAACCAUAAAAAUCGAAGGCGCCGGCACUCGACUACCCACCAACGAGUUAGUUCCUGCACACAGCAUCCUAAGCGGCUUCGUCGAGCUCGCGCAACCAGCAACUCGACGAACCGUUCUCGUAUUAGCAGACGAGGCCACCAACGAAACAGAACGCGCUACAUUGAAGAUCCUAGGCUCCGACAAUUACGACGCUGAGAUCAUCGCAAAGCGAGUCUCGAUCCUCGACUUACUGGAGACAUACCCCUCCAUCGAUAUCUCGUUAGGAAGUUUCCUAACAAUGCUGCCUCAGAUGCGCGUUCGUCAAUACUCCAUAUCAUCAUCCCCUCUAGACGACCCAACCGUCGCCUCAAUCACCUUCUCCCUAAUCUCAAGCCGCGCCAACUCCGGCCGCGGGGAAUACCUCGGCGUAGCAAGCUCCUACCUCUCCAGCCUCGAACCAGAGGACCGUCUGCGCGUCUCCGUGCGUUCCUCACACAUGGCUUUCCACCUACCCUCCACGCCUGAGAAGACACCGCUAAUCCUCGUCGCGGCCGGGACUGGUAUCGCGCCGUUCAGGGGAUUCGUGCAGGAGCGCGCGGCGAUGGUUCAAUCGGGGCGGAAAGUAGCACCCACGAUUCUAUAUCACGGAUGCCGUGAGCGUGGUAAGGACGAUUUAUACGCGGCGGAGCUGGUGAAGUGGGAGGAGAUGGGGGCGGUGACUGUGCGGCGCGCGUAUAGUCGGAAGCCUAAGGAGGCGGCGGGGUUGGGGUAUGUGCAGGACUUGCUGUGGGCGGAUCGGGAGAACUUUAUGAAGAUGUGGAGGGCUGGGGCGGUGUUGUAUGUGUGUGGUUCGAGGAGGGUGAGUAAGGGCGUCGAGAAGAUUGUGAAGGGGAUGAGGCAGGAGGAUGCGAGGGUUAGGGGGGAGAAGCUCGGAGAUGAGGAGGUGCAGAAGUGGUGGGAUGAGGGGAGGAACGUUAGGUAUGCUACUGAUGUUUUUGAUUAG